AACUCGGGCAAUUCUAUUGAAAUUUAUCCACGCUUUUCUAUCUACUGCGGAGCCACUUUCAUGUCAGACAUCAUGGAAAAGCCUGUGUACAGAGAUGUUGGAGGUUACUACGUCAGCUGGGGUUUUCCCGAAACGAAUGUUCGUUCAGCGUUGAACUAUGUACCCCGGCCGGGAGAUGUGUUCAUCGUCGGCUACCCGAAAUGCGGGAAUACCUGGUUAGAACACAUUGUCUACAACAUUUUCAACGACCGUGCACCGCCAAAGAGCUUGAUUGACUAUCUCCAGGAGAUGCCUUUUCUGGAGUGGCAAGGUGCGGAUGCUGCAACAGGCAUGCGAAGACCCGGAAGCAUCAAGACCCACAUGCCUUUCCACUUGCAGCCGUACUCCAAGGACGCCAAGUACAUCUGCAUCAGCCGAAAUCCGUAUGACUGUUGCGUGUCGUUCUACUACCAUACCAGGGGAAAACACAUAUUCAGAUUCACCGAUGGAACGUUUGACGAGUUCUUCGAAAUGUUCCUGGCGGGAAAGGUGGCCUGUGGAGACUACUUCGUUCAUCUGAUGUCCUGGUACGAACAUCGCGAUGACCCCAAUGUGCUGUUCUUGACCUACGAAGACCUCAAGGUUGACGCUGCGACGUGGGUGAUGAAGAUCGCGGACUUUCUCGGAGAUGACUACGGGAAAAAGCUACGAGCUGAUGAAAGGGCCCUCGAAAACAUUUUGAGCAAAACAAACUUCGAAGCUAUGAAGGAACAGAUGAAUGCGGCGCACGAAAACCUAUUUUGUGAGAUGAGUUUGAUGCCGGAAGACAUAAAGCCCGACUGGGUCAAGCUGUCCAUGAAUGCCGUUGGCGACUGGGUACCCAAGAAGAACCAUAAAAGUUUUGACUUUUUGCGCAAGGGUGCCGUUGGAGACUGGACGACCCAUUUCUCCGACGAGCAAGUGAAGCGUCUGAAGGAGCACAUUGAGUUGAAGACUCGUGGCAGUAAUGUCAUGAGCUUAUGGAAGACAAUUCAGCUGCCGUAAAGAAAGCUGACGGUUGCUUCUUUCUUGAUAUUAAAACGAAGAUAAAAUUGAACAGAUGACGGGCAAAACUAGAAUUUAAGCUAUUUAACAAGGCACGGUCGCUCAUACUUCACAUAUAAUUAAAAACUAAAAAAUGAAUGCAGCCUGUCGCAUAAUAAAGCCGUGAUACAACAAAUAAAUUGAUAUC